AUGUCUGGAUUAUCAGACAGGAGAUCAGUAGACAACAGAAGAAGAAAAAGUGAAUGGCGGCUUCGAGCAGAAGCCAAGCAGGUGAGCCAAAGUGAUUUAAAGGAAAGAGAUUCAGCUUAUACCCGAGUCAACUUUAAGGAGACGAGGAAGAGAAGGAUGUUUGUGAGAGAAGAGGUUAAGCGAAGCACCAGGGGUGCUGCCAUAGAAGUCUGGUUGGUUACCUGUAGUGGUGAGACUAUAGAUAGCCUUUUGGCUUUAUUUUUGGAUAUUGGCAAUUGUAUAGAUAUAGAAGAAGGGGUUGGCCAUGAGGGCAGAGACCUCUGUACUGAAUCGGGAAGGAACUCCUUGGGUCUCCUGUUCCCAAUCGGGAAAGAACCCCUCCUCAGGGAUCCCAUAAGAAUGACACUUCCAAAGGAACGCAAGGGUCAGCCUCGAAUGACUGGUGGGAGGAAGCAAAUAAAGAAAGAAAAAAAGGAUGAAUUGGACAUUCUGGUUAAUAAUAGAGAUCCCAAUCAAUAA